AUGGUUAAACAAUAUAUCGAAAACAAAAAUUUUACGUUGAAGACUCCUUCUAAAGUAAAUUCCUAUAAAGAUAAGAUCAAACGUUGCUUUAUCAAAAUAGGUAAUAAAAUCAAUAGAAAUGCAGAAUAUUCAAAUGGACCUCACCAUUUCAGGAAAUGGUUAAAUAAUAACAAAGAAGUCAUUACGAGGGAUAACCUAAAUCAGCACUUCGAAGCUUUGAUGUAUAGCAUCACUCAUCCACAACAAGCAGUUCAACGAUCAAGUUUAGAUGAACAAAAAAAUGCCAUUAACAUUAAUAACAGUGCUGAAUUGCAAAAUACAAAAAAACCUUUUAAAAGAGUUAACAAGUACAAUAGAAAUUAUAUUUUAGCUCAACAAGAAUCUGAUAGACGGUUUUUGGAACAAUGUGAAAGAAGUUAUUCUAAUAGAUCAGUAAUUAUUUGUGAUAGUUAUUCAAUUAAUCAACCAACCAAAAAGAAACAAUAUAUCUUCAACAAAGAAUUCGACUUACAAGCUCGUACCAUCUCUAAUGAUGGGAUGAAUCCAUAUAACAAAAGAAAAAUUCAAAAUGCUGAGUUUUAUAAUAUAACUGAUAUUGAUAAGACAAAUUUAAUGCCAAACGAUAACCAAAUUAACAAUGAAUAUCCAAAUAUUCAAAAUAAAAAUCAAAACAAGAAUACAUGUACAUAUCAAUAUCAAUAUCAUUAUCAGCACCAGUACCAAUACAAAAAUCAAAACAAAAUCCAAAUCCAAAUUCAAAAUAAUAAUUUACAGAGUUAUUUUAAAGAAAAUUAUAGUCCUAACUAUAACAUAGUAUACUCUAAUAAUAUAAAUAGUAGACAUUAUCCUACUAUUCCUCAAUCACCACCUUCUUUUACAAAAUAUGACAAUAAUUGCAAUUUAAAUCAAAAACCUGAUUCUAUUGCACAAGAAUAUGAUUAUAAUCUAAAAUCAAUCCAUGGUAUAAAUGAAGAACCUCGAAGUUAUAAAAAGUCAAGAUAUCAAUAUGAACCUUUUGAAAGGCAAAAUAAAAUGGUAUUCGACAUCACAAUUUUCCAAUCAUCCCCAUUAUAA